CUCUCACGCGUGUUAAACCUGUGAGCUGAUCCACACUCCGGAGCAGAAGGGGGCGGUAAUGCAAGCUGACUGCCAACUGCCAUAAAAGAAGAAGAAGAGGAAGCCUGCUCUCUCACGCUGUUCAUUCAUCAAAAUACAAACUUUUCUCCUGCAUCAGAUACUCUCCUGCUUUGACUGCUGUGGAAAUGCCUGAACAAAACGAGAAGAGGUCUGCUGAUCGCAACAUUGUGCACUGUUUGCGGUGCUACAAGCCUCAGGACAACCUCUCUGUUCACCUGGCCAGGGUGUGCAUGAAGACCAGCACGUCAGAGGAGCGUGUGGAAGAGCUGCAGAAGGCCAAGGCUUCCAGCAAAGAGUGGAUCCGUAACAACAGGACGUGGAAUUACAGACAGCUCUGUGAGCUCCUGCCCCACAGACGCUCUCGGAUCACCCUGGUGAAGGAGCUUCUUCAGCGUGGGUUCUUCAUCUUGAACCUGCCCCAGGAGUCAGAGAUGGUCCUAGAGCCUGAAGAUGAUGAUGAUGAUGAUGAUGCUGCCACCACCGACACAUCCUCCAGAGAUCCUCCAACCACGCCCUCCUCUGUGAGGAUAAAGAUGAAGGAGGCCGGUCUGCAUCAUAAGUUCCCUGCGCAAGCCAAGUUCCUGGUGGGAUUUAAAGAGUACCUGACGAAGUCACUGAAGGUGCCCAACUGGCAGCAGGAGGUUGACAACGUGUCCCGUUUCCUGCGGUACAUGCAGCCCACCGGGAGUAAGCUGUCUCUGGACUUCCUCUCCAAGAGCACUGAGACCCAGGACUUCCUGAUGGCCCUGCGGCGCGCGGACAUGCGGUCAGCCACCAUCCUCAAUUACAUCAAGAGCAUUAUACGGUUCUUGGAAUACUUGACGGCAAGGCGGGAUCUGCGGAAAAAAAUCCCACAGCUCCGGAAAAACUGCAGGAGCUACGCUGACAUGCUGAAGACUCUGCGGAAGACCGUAUCCAAGACCAAUGAGGACAAGACCUGCGACUCCAGACAGUGUGCUAAGGGCGCUCCCGGCAUUAAAGAUUGCCAGCAGAUCUUACAAGUGGCAAAGCCGGACUUCCUCCGGAUCCACGGGGAUCUACUGAAGGGGAAAGAGCUCUCAAGCACAGACAAGACGCUCUAUCGUUACUACUGUGAGGCGCUCCUGGUCUUCCGUCACUUGCAGCGUCCAGGAGCUGUUGAAGGACUGACUGACGCAGACUGGGUGGAGAGGGUCGCACAGGGUGGUAGGGUGGUGAUCGGCGUGAGGAAAGAGAAAACUGCAAGUGUACAAAUCGCCCUGACGAAAGAGGAGGAAACUUGUCUGCAGCUGUACUACAGGCAGAUCCGGCCUAAAAACAUUGGGCUGGAAAAAUUCUGCCAGGGUUUUUUUGUUUCAUCGUCCAGUGAUACAGUCCAUAGUGUGUCACAGGACAUGAACAGACUCCAUGAAAUUUAUAAGCUGGCCCCUUUCAAGAGCCAGGAUGUGAGGAGGGCUGCUGGGAAGGCGGCGCAGAAGCUCCCGGCACCACAACAGGAGGCUGUGAAUCAUUACCUGGCCCAUAGCGCUGGUGCGGCCCAGCAGGACAGAACGCCGCAGGAUGUGGUGGACGCAGCUGAGCUGCUGGACUCGUUGGCUGGCACUUCUUCAGACGACACCUCCUUCCUAGCUGAACUAGGCACGGCUGUAUCCGGUUCGCAGAAAGACUUCUGUGCUUUCGUGACCAGAUUCCCCGUGUCUCUGGAGGGCCAGCCACCGACCAAAAGACAGCGGGUCGAUUCAGGCUUUCCUGAAGACCGUGUCUUUUAUGACAAGUGGCGGGCCACCCAGUACGCCCAGAGAGAGGAGUAUCUGCUGUCACACUUCACACACCGCAAGCCUUCGGCCGCAAAGGUGGCGAGACUGAUCGCGCAGGAGGGGUGGAAGGCCAACUACCCCAAGCCUGAAGAAAUCGAGCGCUUGUGGAAACCGGCUCCCAGCGGCACCGUUGAGACCAAUGAGGUCAUAAUAAAAUGUGUGUCAGAGCAGACCUGGACUGGCCUGGCCAUUAAAGACUUCGGUGCCGAGGAAGGUCUAGGAGUGGUUGCAACCCGACCGAUUUCUAAAGGUGACAUUGUGUGCGACUAUCAUGGGAAGGUGAUCCCAGCAGCCGAAGGGAUGGCCAUGAUUCAGGGCCUUCAUGACCGGGCCAGGAACCUGUUCUUCUUCAGAGCCGGACAGCGAGACCUGUGUGUCGACGCUCACACUGUCCCCUGCGAGUGCCACCCUGACACAGACACCGUUGGCAGAAGGAUUAAACGCUCCUCUACGAGGCCCAACCUGGAGCCCUUCCACUGCCAGCUGAAGGUGAAUGGAGAGGACCGCGAUGUCAUCCUCUUCACAGCGCUGCAGGACAUCAGCAUUGACACGCAGCUGAAGUUUUACUCUGGAGUGGUGAGGAGGUCUUUCCUUGGCCUGGAACUGGACUGGCUGGAUGAGUAGGCCGGGUCCAUGGGUCCAGUAGCCUGAAGAACCCAAAUCACGCUGCGCUUCAUCAAAACCCGUCUCAACACUCCUCUCGGCACAGAUUAGCCUUCAGAGUUACCUUUGAUUUGCUGUUGCAACAUAUGUACAUUUGUGUGAUGAUUGCUGCUGGCCGUGACGGAAAACUGUGGCGUGGAGGAAGAAAACAGAGGCGGCUGAAGAAGAACAAUAAGGGACAUUGGUUCUGCCUGUUGGUGGUCAAAUAAGAAGGAUUUUACAGUGUUUUGUAAAAAAUUAUUUAAGUUCGACACACGCUCACCGUGGAGCCGCUACCGCAGGAACACGGAGCGACAUUCGUUCAGCGAGAGGACAAAACCAGCUACGUUUAAAACUGGACUUGCCCUGUACCUCAAAAAUAAACUGAUUUCUGUAGUGAACCAUGCAGGACCUUUUGUGUUCAUGUUAGAGAGUUUCAACCAGAAAAUAAACCACUAGAUGAUCAUGUUGGAUUCUGGGAGGCUGUUCGUGUCCCGUCCUGUUGUCUCAGAUCAGUUCACGGGACAUUCCAAUGCUGAGGAUCUGCUGCACCGUUUCAAUAAAUGUGUGCAUCUAUCAGACCUGAAGCAUCUAUUUCCAUUAGUAUGGAUGGACCUGAAGUUCCUCAAUCAUCUCCAGCAAGAACGUGCUGAAGUACAUGGAGGUCAGCAGCUGUGGACGUCACACAUUACGAUUCAUUCGUGACUGGCUUCUCCACAUGGAUUAUUGAGAAACUGUUGAUCAGUGCAGUUUGUUUUUCACAAUGACCCUUCAAGAAGAGAUCAUCAUACAAAACUGACUGCCUCAUCUCUUUAUCCACUCCCAUGCUAUCUAACAAAUAAUUUCUUAUUCUUAAGUUUGAUUUUGUUUAUAUAUAUUAUAUUAUAUUAUAUUAUAUUAUGGUUUAUUGAAAUAAAUAUUUUGUAAAUA